CUCCUUCCCUGGCUCUCCGUGUCACCAUCUGUGGCACCAUCCUUCUCUGUCACUCUCUCUGCCACCCCCUCCUUCCCCGCUCUCCAUCCCUGCCUCUCUCUCCGCAUCUCCUUCCUCUCUUCCCUUCUCCCGCUCUCUUUCCUCCUCCUUUUAUUCUCCCUGUCACGCAUUUCUCAUCACUCCCCCUCAUUCUGGCUUUCCACCCACUCACUGUCCUCUCUCUCUCUCUCUCUCCCUCUCUCUCUCCACCUCCGGCCGACCCCCCUUCCCUCUAUCUCUGUUGGCUCCUCAGAGUCCUCUGCUCCCCAUUUCUCCUCUUUCCUUGGGAGGCUUCUCCCCCGGGCUCCUGCUGCAGACCCCAUCUGCGUCCCUGCCCUCCAGGACACGUCCUGGGGAUGAGGGGGGACGCGCCACACGCCAGGGGGACGUCAGGGCUGGAGACCAGAUGGCAGAGGCGCCGUGGGCAGACGUGGCCACUGCGGGCCUAGGAGGGGCCCCGGGCCGCAAGCUGUGCAGAAGGGGGCACCGUGUGGGGACCCCGGCUAAGGGGUGCUCCGGGGGCAGCUGGGGACUGUGCAGACAGAAAGGACAGCAGGAUGAUAACCAGCGUGGCAUCAAGGAGGGGACCCCUCACCCCACGGACAGGCAGGCCGAUAGCUGACCGCUGACGGCCCUUCCCUCCGCCAUGGACACCCUCGGCUACCCUUCGCCGCUGCCCACCACCUCGGAACCCGAGAACGCCUCGGCCUGGCUCCCGGAUGCCACCCUGGGAAACACGUCCGCGGCCCCGGGCGCUGCCGGACUGGCGGUCCGGGGCGUCCUCAUCCCGCUGGUCUACCUGGUGGUGUGCGUGGUGGGCCUGCUGGGCAACUCGCUGGUCAUCUACGUGGUCCUGCGGCACGCGGCCAGCCCGUCCGUCACCAACGUCUACAUCCUCAACCUGGCGCUGGCCGACGAGCUCUUCAUGCUGGGGCUGCCCUUCCUGGCCGCCCAGAACGCCCUGUCCUACUGGCCCUUCGGCUCCCUCAUGUGCCGCCUGGUCAUGGCCGUGGACGGCAUCAACCAGUUCACCAGCAUCUUCUGCCUCACGGUCAUGAGCGUGGACCGCUACCUGGCCGUGGUGCACCCGGCCCGCUCGGCCCGCUGGCGCACGGCCCCCGUGGCGCGGGCCGUCAGCGCGGCCGUGUGGGUGGCCUCGGCCGUGGUGGUGCUGCCCGUGGUGGUGUUCUCGGGCGUGCCGCGGGGCAUGAGCACCUGCCACAUGCAGUGGCCCGAGCCCGCGGCCGCCUGGCGCGCCGGCUUCAUCAUCUACACGGCGGCGCUGGGCUUCUUCGGGCCGCUGCUGGUCAUCUGCCUCUGCUACCUGCUCAUCGUGGUCAAGAUGCGCUCGGCCGGCCGGCGCGUGUGGGCGCCCUCGUCCCAGCGGCGGCGGCGCUCGGAGCGCCGGGUCACCCGCAUGGUGGUGGCCGUGGUGGCGCUCUUCGUCCUCUGCUGGAUGCCCUUCUACGUGCUCAACAUCGUCAACGUGGUGUGCCCGCUGCCCGAGGAGCCCGCCCUCUUCGGCCUCUACUUCCUGGUGGUGGCACUGCCUUACGCCAACAGCUGUGCCAACCCCAUCCUCUACGGCUUCCUCUCCUACCGCUUCAAGCAGGGCUUCCGCCGGGUCCUGCUCCGGCCCUCCCGCCGGGUGCGAAGCCAGGAGCCCCCGGCCGGACCUCCAGAGAAGACAGAGGAGGAGGAGGAGGAGGAGGAAGAGGAGGACGAGGAGGAGAACGAGGAGGGAGAGGGGGGUGGGAAGAAGGGGGCAGGGAAGCAGGGGAAAGCCAAGCAGAUGAACGGCCGGGUCAGCCAGAUCGCACAGCCUGGCACCAGCAGGCAGGAGCUGCCUCCUAGCGGUGUGCCCGGCAGGGAGCGGCAGUUUCUACCCCAGGAGCCGUCUGCGGGGGAGAAGCCGGGCACCCUGCACAUCAGCUGUCUGUAGGGCCUGAGGAGGGCCGGAGUGGCCCAAGUGCAGAGCAGAGGCUGUGGGUGCGCCUGGGCCUGCCACCCGAGGUGCCAGGGCCAGCGAUGGGCUGUUCAGGCCCCGUUGCUGCCGAGACUCGCUGUGUGACGGCGGAUCGGCCGCUUGCCCUCUCUGGGCCUCGUGUGCUGCUCUGUGACUCAGGGACGGGAGCCCUCAGUCUAGACAAGCUUCUCGGGAUGAGAAGACUGGAGGGACGUUACCGCUGGGCUGACCCUCCCGAGGGGGCCCGGGUGAAGGGGACAGGUGCUGACUGGCCAUGCCCUUCAGAGACACAGCAUCCUAAUGGGUUGGCCUGAGUCUUGGUCCUCAGAGGAUAAACCAAGGCCUGGAUUUCCUGGGCUCAGAGUCAGGCUCAUGGGAGAGGGGCUGGGGCCCGGGUUCACGGGGAGCUGGACCCCCGCCCCCUUCCCCGCCAAUAGAAGGAAAUCUUGCCCCGUUGGGGUGUGUGUGUGUGUGUGUGUGUGUGUGAGGCUGCUCAGGCCCGCACCAGCUCUCCCCUGAUGCUGCAUCUGUCUCUGGGCUGCAGGCCUCGCCUGCUGGGCAACCCAAUAACCUCCAUGCCCUCUUGCUCAGAUGGUGGGCCGGGACUCCUGUGACCCUGGACUUGAGGAGGAGAAGCUCGUUAAAUCCAGCUGCAGGGUGGGCCCCUUACUGCCUGGGCCCUUCUCAGUCCCUGCGCCUGAUGUUGUACUUGCAUUUUGUAUUGCUUUUCUGAAAGAGGGACCCCAAAAUGCAUAAGCUUAGGCCACCCAAAGCCCAGCUCAGCCCCUGCUGAGGGAGCCUAUGAACCCCCAAAGCAGCUCACUUUGUGUUCAGAGGCUGGAAGGAGGGCGGGUGUGGGGUGUCUCUGGGUCUUUGAGGGCUCGCGGGAGAAACAUCCCAGUUCCUCCAGGGAGACCGGCACGGAAAGGCAGAGGGUAAGACAGUGAGUGCUGAGAGGAGGAGGAAGAAGAGGAGGGGCCAGAGAGGAGGGGAAGAGGAGGAGGAGGGUGGGGGAUAGAUCUGUUCCAUGACCUUGGAGCUGUCCUUGGCCCCUCUGCACUGAGUUCAGUUGCUGCAUCAAUGAAACUGAGGUGCCGGCCCAACAGCCCCAAGAAAAUGAUGCAUCAGGUGGAAGCGCAGAUGCUCUGAAAGGC